CUGGGGAAAGGCCCGCGCGCGUCUAAAAAAGGAGGCAGCUUCUUCUGGCUCCUCUCUCGCUGUGGGAGGGAAUCGGUUUCUAGCCCGAAAAGUGAAAGGCGCACCACGAUCCGAGGAAGGGAUCUCGGUUGCAUCGCUCACUCUCCCGCCCACUGCGCCGGGCGCCUGCACGGUAGAGAGUUACUUCGAGCCGAGGAGGGGCAGAGAAGCAAUGUACAGCGGGAUCUGCAUCUGCCUGUUCCUGGCUGUGCUGUCCAUGAGCUCUUCAGGGCAGCCAGCUUCAGGGUCCCACAAUGCCAAUCCUGUGGUCACUGAUCUUGAGCAGAGCUUGUCAGAAAACCACUGGCAUGCACGUACCCCAGCCUCGGGGAGAUCGGUCCAGCGGCUGGAUGGCAACGCUGAAAAGGCUAAUCUUGGAGCUCUGUUGGCCAAAUACCUCCAGCAAACUCGAAGAGGUACUUCUGGAAAGGUCUCUGUGAUGGGAUUACAGAAUUUUGAUCCUACACACAGGAUAAAAGACAGAGACUACGUGGGCUGGAUGGAUUUUGGACGCCGCAGUGCUGAAGAAUAUGAGUACUCUUCUUAAAGAGCAUUAAACUAUGCUUAAAAGAAAUAGAAAUCAACUCCUGUUCCUGUACAGGGGGGAAAAUUUGUCAUCCUUUUCAAAUCAGUGUUUUAAAAAAUAUAUGUACUUGAUGUAAAUUUGUCUGUAAAACUAUACAAUGCAAUAUAUAUUAUAUAAACAUAUGCAGAAUUUUCCAGAAAAAAUUAUUCUCUUUCUCCAAUAGUUUCUUACCACUCACUGUUGACAUAUUAAAAGUAUUUCAUUCAUUCCCUGUUGUCUUAUCGCCACAAAUGUUAUUGGUGUCACAAUUAAUUGUAGAAGAAAAAUGUUUUCAAUCUAUUUUACACUAUUUGUUAAUCUGAAUAUCUAACAGAUUGAACUGAGUGCAUUUUUUAAAUUGUUAAGGGUUAAGAGGCAAUCUGUCCAUAUCAAUAUGAUAGAAGAGAUUUCCUACAAAAACAUUUUAAUAGUUAUGAAAGUCCAUUUAAAACUGAAGUCAGACAAGUAUCUCGUGAAUAUUACGAGUGCUGCAGCUAAACAUUUUGUCCUAGAUUCAGUUUAUUUUAUUUUGUGCAGUAAAUGUGAAAAUUCUGCUAAGAAUUACGAAUUCUGGAAUAAACAGAACAUUCCUUG